AGCAGGAUUAUCAAAGAAUGGGGGUAGGAGGACGUGAGGUGGCAAUUUCAUUGGAUGGAGUGAGGGACAAGAAUAUGAUGCAAUUGAAGAAAAUCAAUACUGCAAUUUUCCCAGUUCGCUACAAUGAUAAGUAUUACACUGAUGCCUUUGCCUCUGGUGAUUUUACCAAGCUAGCGUAUUACAGUGAUAUUUGUGUUGCUUCAAUUGCAUGUCGCCUUGAAAAGAAGGAAGGUGGGGCUGUUUGUGUUUACAUAAUGACUCUGGGUGUUUUGGCUCCAUAUCGUGGGCUAGCUUUGUUUAUCAAUAAAAGGUCCACUUCUUAG